AUGACCGGCAGAGACGCGCUUUCCGACGGGCGUGCCAGAAGCAGGGCGCUGGUGCCCGGAGGCCCGUCCACCGGCUCGCGCCCCCGGGGCUUCGCCAUCACCGACCUGCUGGGCCUGGAGGCCGAGCUGCCCGCACCUGCGGGCCCCGGCCCGGGAUCUGGGUGCGAAGGCCCGGCAGCCGCGCCCCGCGUGGGCCCAGGGCUCGGAGGCUCCUGCCCGGCACGCGGAGCCCUUCCGUUGGGCCUCGGUCUCCUCUGCGGUUUCGGCGCGCAGCCCCCUGCGGCUGCCCGGGCACCCUGCCUGCUCCUCGCCGACGUGCCCUUCCUGCCGCCCGAGGGGCCUGAGCCCCCCGCCCCGCGCUUCCCCGGCCGCCCACUGCCCUCGGCCGCCCGCCAGAAACGCAGCGAGAGCGUGUCGACGUCGGAUGAGGACAGCCCUUCUGAAGACAGGAGUGACCGGAAGGCGUCCCCGGCCCCCAGCAAGAGGAAGAAGAGGAGGCACAGGACUGUUUUCACUGCCCACCAACUGGAAGAGCUGGAGAAGGCCUUCAGUGAGGCCCACUACCCUGAUGUGUAUGCCCGGGAAAUGCUGGCUGUGAAGACUGAACUCCCAGAAGACCGAAUACAGGUCUGGUUUCAAAACCGGCGGGCCAAGUGGCGGAAGCGAGAGAAGCGCUGGGGCGGCAGCAGUGUGAUGGCCGAGUACGGGCUCUACGGGGCGAUGGUGCGCCACUGCAUUCCGCUGCCUGACUCCGUCCUGAGCUCUGGGGAGGGCGGCCUGCUGGGCUCCUGCGCACCCUGGCUCCUGGGGAUGCAUAAAAAAUCCGCAGGGACGAUAAGGAAAGCAGAAAGUGAAGAAAAGCUGGCAGGACUCUGGGGCUCUGACCACCUCAAGGAAGGUUCUAGCCCCCAUCAGGCGGGACCCCAGAGGGGCUUGGAGGAAGGCAGUCCUGUGAGCAGUGUGGAAGACGUGGUCAUUGAUCUCUCCAGCUCCACACGCCAGGAGGCUGAGAGAGUGCAGCCGGGGGUCGGGGCCCAAGGACGUCCAGACUCUGAGGGGCUAGAGGGGCUCCAACCUGGGAAGGAGGGGGCCUUAUGA